AACAAUAUGCCAAAGCAGGUAGAAGUACGAAUGCAUGAAAGCCAUAUGAGUCCAGUGGAACAUCAAUCGAAAAACCUCUGUGUACGAUUCUGGCUUUCACUCAGAAAAAAUCUGCUCCUUUCACUAACUGUAUUUGGUGUCAUUAUGGGAGCGUUAUGUGGAAUGCUCCUUCGCAUGGCAGCUCCUAUUAAUCCUGAUGUCGUCAUGUUGAUAGCCUUCCCUGGAGAUAUUUUGAUGCGGAUGUUGAAAAUGUUGAUCCUCCCUUUAAUAAUCUCAAGUUUAAUCACAGGGCUGUCUGGACUGGAUGCUAAGGCCAGUGGUCGAUUAGGGACGAGAGCUAUGGUAUAUUACAUGUCCACAACAAUCAUUGCUGCUAUCCUGGGAGUGAUCUUGGUGUUAGCUAUUCAUCCUGGCAAUCCAAAACUCAAGAAGCAGCUGGGAGAAGGAAAGAAGAAUGACGAAGUAUCCAGUCUUGAUGCUUUCUUGGAUCUUAUUCGAAACUUAUUUCCUGAAAAUCUUGUGCAAGCGUGUUUUCAACAGAUUCAAACAGUUACCAAAAAGGUCCUCAUGCCACAAGAAAUGGAAGAGCCAUCUAAUGUUACAGAUUCUAUCUUCACCAUCGUGAAUGAAACAGAAGUUACUCCAGAGCCUCAAUUAAUUGUUAAGAAGGGUCUUGAGUUUAAGGAUGGAAUGAAUGUCUUAGGCCUCAUUGGGUUUUUCAUUGCUUUUGGUAUCGCAAUGGGCAAGAUGGGAGAACAAGCCAAGAUGAUGGUGGAUUUUUUCAAUAUCUUGAAUGAGAUUGUCAUGAAAUUAGUAAUUAUGAUCAUGUGGUAUUCUCCAUUGGGCAUUGCCUGCCUCAUUUGUGGAAAAAUAAUUGCAAUUAAGGAUUUGGAAGUAGUUGCUCGACAGCUUGGCAUGUACAUGGUAACCGUGAUUGUAGGUCUUCUCAUCCAUGGAGGGAUUUUUUUGCCUCUGUUGUAUUUUGUAAUUACUAGAAAAAAUCCCUUCUCAUUUUUUGCUGGGAUCUUUCAAGCAUGGAUUACUGCUCUAGGCACAGCUUCAAGUGCUGGUACAUUGCCUGUUACUUUUCGCUGCCUUGAAGAAAAUUUGGGCAUUGAUAAGCGUGUGACAAGGUUUGUCUUACCUGUUGGAGCUACUAUUAAUAUGGAUGGAACUGCCCUUUAUGAAGCAGUAGCUGCCAUCUUCAUAGCACAGAUGAAUGGCAUUGUGUUGGAUGGCGGACAGAUAGUCACUGUCAGUUUGACAGCCACUCUUGCCAGUGUUGGAGCUGCAAGUAUACCUAGUGCAGGACUGGUGACCAUGCUUCUUAUCCUCACUGCAGUAGGACUUCCCACUCAGGAUAUAAGCUUACUUGUGGCGGUAGAUUGGUUCUUAGAUCGAAUGAGAACAUCUGUCAAUGUAGUAGGAGACUCCUUUGGAGCUGGCAUUGUUUAUCAUCUGUCCAAGGCAGAAUUGGAAAACAUUGAUGCUCAUCACAAGAUACAUGAAGAUAUUGAAAUGACCAAGACUCAGUCAAUUUAUGAUGAUCUGAAAAAUCACAGGGAAAACAACUCGAAUCAAUGCGUUUAUACAGCUCACAACUCUGUCAUAAUAGAUGAAUGCAAGGUAACCUUGGCAACCAAUGGCAAAUCUGCAGACUUCAAUGCUGUCGAAGAAGAACUUUGGAAACAUGAAAAAUAA